AUGCCAGUCUCGAUGCCCCCUCGCUCACCUCCCAACAUACAACAGGCCACGGGUGGUAUUGAUGAAUCGGUUCCAAAAGUCAAGCGCGGAAUCUUGCGUAGCUAUUCCAUAACCAGUUCCGAUGCCGCCGUCGCUGGCAGCACUUCCCCUCCCCUAACCUUCUUGGAGACGAACACCAACAUGCCAAGGAAGACAAGGACCAGGACGAUUGUGCGGACGACGACUGACCCAAUCAUCACCAUCAAGUUGAUUCACACGCCCUCUCCUUCUGAUGUAUCAUCGAUCAGUCGUCUUUCUGAGAUGUCUUCGAAUUCGGAUUCGGACUCGUGUGAGGGACUAAAUGAUCUGAGGAGUGUUGUGGAGGCGCAAAUGAGUCGGCGCCAGGAGAUUCUUGAUGCUGGCGGUGUGGAUUUGUUUGCGGAUUUUGAUUCGACCUCUCCGCAGUUGGAGGCAGAGGAUGAGCAGGGAGGAGAGGAGGAGGAGGAAGAAGAGGAGGAAAGGGAGUACUAUAGCGGCGAUCGCGGCACGGACGACGAGAAGGGCGACGAUGAUGAGCCUGGAUCUGGAUCUGGAGCUGGUGUCGGUGAUCGUCCUUCUCACGCCACAGACAACAACCGCUACGAUAAUUUCCGUUCUUCGCCUUCCCAAGACAGGUCUCACAACAGGGCGCCACCAUCCGCCAAAGGGGCUUCGCCCAAAGAUGCUCCUGUCGACUCGACCGUUCCUAAAACCCCUUCUGUCCAUUAUUCUACACUCGACAUCCUUUCAAGCGCACCAACAAAGAAAGCCAACCACCACUCUAAACACAACCGCAAACGUGAAUCAAUCGCCUGGCUCGACCACUUCCUAGCCCUCAACAACACCUACCGCGACAACCUGGCAACCCUGCACCUCCACCUCUUCCAAUCCCUUCACCACACCCUCUCCGCUCACACAACAACCCUCCUUAAUCUCCAACAGCAGAUCCUAGGAAUCCAGGGAGUCAGGAACGGGAGACUUGAUAAUGAGUAUCUGAUCGAGUUGGUGUCGACAAAGCUGAGUCGGAGGAUGGAAAGGGAUUUGAGGAACCAGACGAGGUUCUGUAUAGGAGUUGGGGAGUUGGUGCAGCAGGGAUUUGGAAGUACGUUGUUGACGGUUGAUUAUGAAGAGGAGGAUGAGUUCGAAGGGGUGAGGGUUGAUCCGGCCGUCGUGGCUGUGAAGGAGAAGAAGAGGAAGGCGAAGGAGAGGAAGAAGAAUGGGGAGGAGAUGGAGGAGGAAAAGGAGGAGCCAAUGGAGGAGAAGGAGUUGGUAAAGUUGGUGAGUCGGGUGUAUCAGAGGAGGUUGCCAGUCGAUGACCAGUGGGCGUUGUUCAGGUGGACGGAACUGCAGAAACCUUAUGCGACGUUGAAGGACUUGGACGAGGCCCGUGCUUGUAUGGCGUUGUCUCUUUUAGCGGCAGGUCAUCAACAGGAGGGUGAGGGGGAUGUGGAAGUUCAGGAUGGGAUUAUGCAUGAUUCUGCCGGAUAUACUGGACACGAUGUUGUCGAGUUGACAGUGGAAGAGCAGAAGGAAGAGAGCUCGAGUGAUGAUGAAUGGGAUUCGAGUCUGGCCGAGGAUAGUGUCUUGAUCCGUUCGUCCGAGGAGUUUCUUCACAUCCAGCAACAGCGCAACUCUCAGGACCAGGGCGGGCUUUCUGGAGAUGACGAUAUAGAUGAGACGCAGUUCGAGAUGCUGACUCCUCCUGCUCCUGGUAAUCCUCCUCCUGGUGACCUUGGUGAUCGCGAUUAUGAACACUUGUACUCUUACACUUCAGACGACAACGCUGACGACGGCUUAGAGCCAUCGACACCACAAGCAGGAGCCGGUCCACCAACGAGAUCCUUCUACAUGCAGGAUCCCUCUCAUUGCAGGCUCGAGUCUCCAGUCGAGCCUCUGGCAUUCUCGCGUCGUCCUUCGAUGCCAACGCCACCGCUAUCAUCGCAGCCUGAUUUUACGACCCCUCACUCCAGUCCUGCUGCUGAUGAUAGCGAGACAGCUGGAGUGAACUCGAAUACAGAGUGGAUGCGUGUGGUUCGUGCACUUGCAGCGACCGAAGCAGCAUCAUCAGCCCCUGGUACGCGGCUCCCGAUCUGGGUUGUCUAUGCCCCUCCGAUAUCUGCUUCCUUACCGUCAGCAGCCGCAUCGACAGGGACGACUACCUCCACUGCCGCAGUCCCUUCCUAUCCUGCUGUUGCUGAUUGCGAUGAAGCUUCUGCGCCUCCAGAAGAGGUUUCAGCGAUUUACCAUUGUGACCGUCGAGAAGGAUCUCGUCGCAAUGUUAGCCAACAAACCCAGAGAUUCCCUCCUCCCUCCAAGACUAUAACCUCUUCCACGACUUCUACAUCUGAAGUAAGAUACACCAGGUCGAGCAGGAAACGUCGCCGCCACGAAAAACACAGUCGUACUCGUACCCGAGGAGCCGAAACAUCAGCACCAGCAACAGUCAACAACCACUUCCGAGGCGGGACCCAUUACCACUACAAUGGAUCUUCGACAACCAUGUCUAAUCACCGCCCAAUGUCGGUCCUGUCGCGACGGUCUUCUACAAGUUCGUCCUCAUCAUCAUUAUCGGGGCCGUCAGUGUUCAUGGCUUUGACGAGUGAUAGUUGUCCAUCGCCGUCGCGACGUUCCUCUUCCUCUUUAGGUUCUCGACAGUCGCUGGAAGAAGAAGAGGAGGAGGAGGUCUUGUGGCAAUCGUCAUCGAGUAUUGAUUGUAACCAGGGUCACCAUCAGCCUACUUCACCCCUGCUGCAACAAUCACCAUACCCAUCAAGCUCCACCGUACACGAAAAAGAAGAAGACGACGACGAAGAUCUUCCCAUCUUCUCUCAGCCUCCCACACCUCUUUCAAAACCACCUCCUCCCCUCCCCCUCCAUGCCACUACCUCUUCCUACUACACUUUCCUUCCACCAGUCCAACCUGCACACCAGCCCAGACACCACCAACUCCGUGGUCCUACUCCAGACCCUCUUCCGCCUGUAUACUACCAUCGCCCCGUCGACUCCACCAUUGUCACCACUUCUGUGCCACCUCGCCCUGUACACUGUGCUAACCGUACAAGCCGUGUUCGAGUCUGUGUUUCGAAACUUGCCCAUCCCAAGUCUCAAGUCUACCAGCUUGGCAACCCAAAAUGGCGCCUUGAAGGUUCUCUCCUCCCCGACAACGCAUCCACCACCGACAAUUCCACCGAUAAUAUCAUUGAAAACACGUCAAACGACGCGUCGUCCUCACUUGCUCCUUGUCUUACAUCACAGCAAGAGUCUCAACAGCAACAGCAACAGCAACAGCGGCAGCAGCAGCAGCAGCUCUUCCACCGUGUGUAA